AAACUUCAGUAUGAUUAAAAAAGUGACACUUGUCGGUUAUAUUCACUCAUAACAUAUAUAUGCAAGCAUUUUUUUCUUCGCUAAAAAUUUAAAAAAUAAUUGGUCAAUCUGCUGUCCAAUAGAGUUUUAAAAUUUUUCAUUGGCUUACAAGUAAUAACCGUCGCGCUUUUGUUUCCGACAUCUUUAUUCACUUGCAGACAAAAGAUAUAUAAAUUUUUAUAUCGAAAUGUAGAAUCAUGCAUGAAAUAAAUAAUUGCAUUGUUUAAUUAAAUAAAGAUAUUUAUAAGUAAUGUAUUAAUACAUUAAAAUAUUAUUAGCUAAAGAAUUAAUGUGUAAUUCUACCAUUCAAUUUAAUUAUAAAAUAUGAGAUAAAAUUUUCUACUCUCACGAUUAAAUUGCAUCAUUUUUUUAUUGUGUUGUAUUUUGUUCCAAACUACUGAUAGUUUUAAGAACAAGGAAUUGAAUUGAUAGACAUGGAUGUUAAUAAUAUCAAACCAGAACCAUUAAUUCGUCCAGCAAAAUUAAAUAUUCUCUUUACUCAAACUGAUUCAAGUCCCAAAAUGAGUUCAUCGUCAGUAUCAUCAAUCGGGAAUCCAGUUCUUCCAGCUCUCGUGACUACUCAGAGCCAUGGAAUUACUUCAGCUUGUGACUCAUCAGUAGCAACGUCACGAGUUUCUACAUCUUUAAAUCCUAACUUAUUUAUGCCCAGUGGAUCACAAACUAAUGCAACGUCAUACUCAUACCCAACGUAUCCUGGGUGGUACGCUAGUGCUUCGACUGCUCGAGUGUCUUAUGAUACACCUGGAUAUGCUUCUGUCUCAGCAGUUGCUUCGUAUAAUGCUAUUUAUCCAUUAUCGACUGUUUCAAAUACUCCCGCUGCUUCAAUGGCCUCUACUUCAUCAGUUACUUAUAGUUCUUCAAUCGUACCUGCGUCGCCAGUGGUUUACUCUUCGUCAGUAGCUUCUGCAGGUUCAAUUAAUCCUGUUUCUUCAGUAGCAUCUUCAUCAGUAGCUUCUGUACGUCCAAAUAAUCCUGUUCCUUGCGGAUCAUCUACAUCAGUAGCUCUUAGAUCUCAAGUAUUCUCUACUUCAAUGAUUCCUCUACCCCCAACUAAUUAUGUAGCUUCUUCAGUAUCAUCAUCAGUAGCUUCUGCAGGUCCCAUCAAUCCUGUUUCUUCAGUAGCAUCUUCAUCAGUAGCUUCUGUACAUCCAACUAAUCCUGUUCCUUCCGGAUCAUCUACAUCAGUAGCUCUUAGAUCUCAAGUAUUCUCUACUUCAAUGAUUCCUCUACCCCCAACUAAUUACGUAGCUUCUUUAGUAGCAUCUUCAUCAGUAGCUUCUGUAUGUCCAAUUACUCCUGUUCCUUCAGUAGCAUCUACUCCAGUAACUCAACUUCCUCUACCUCCAACUAAUUAUGUAGCUCCUCCAGCUGCAUCUUCAACAAUUCCUACUCGACAACAAACUGCAAUUCCUACAACUCGAGCUGUUGAAGCAGUGCCUGGUCGGCAAUCAAGAUACUCCUAUCAGGACUAUGAUGAGGAAGAUUACGACGACUACAAAGAUGACUAUGUGCCGAGAUACAGAAAUCGAAACAGAAAUUAUUAUGACUAUGAAGAUGAUUAUGUUCCGAGAUAUAGAAAUCGAAACAGAAAUUAUUAUUUUUAUAAUCGCAAUCGUAAUCGUAAUCGCAAUCGUAAUCGUAUCGUGACUAGGGACACACAUAUUUAUCGUGGUAAUAAUGAAUACAAUUUUUAUUUCAGCCGAGGCAAUACUAUAAUAUAUAACUUUUACUAAUAUAAGUACUGCUAUCAAUAUUUUUACAAAUAGUGCUAUAGUUUUUUAUUUAUUAACAAACACUAAAAAUUUUUUCAUUUCUCUAAAUACUAUAAUAUUUAAAAUAAACAAAAAAAAGAUUCUUAUUUAUUUAAUUAUUACAAGAUAAUUUUGAAGCUCGAUAAUGCGACAAAUAACGAAUAAUAAAUCACAUAAAUGAUAUUUGCAUGAAAAGGUUUGAAACCUUAUAUUUAGUUAUCAAUUUUUAUUCAAACGAAGUUUCCAAACUGGUAUGCUAGAGGAGCUUCACUACUAUCCUGCGGUCCUAAUAUAUAUUCUAUAAGUUAUCGAAAGUGAAAUUUAUAUGUUCGAUGAUCUGACUCACAAAAUAAUCAUCAAUAAAUACCUUUAUAUAAUCAAUGAGUUUACGUUACCAUAAUGCUUGCUGCUGGUCAUUAAUAAUUUUUGUUAAUUGUUUACUUAUUGUAAUU